AUUGCGGAGCGGAGCCGCAGGCUGGGUGCUGCUGUUGUUACAUAGGAAACAGCUGAAAAGUCCCCACAUGACAGUGGGGGAAGGAGGAAGCGGGGUGACCCGGGGGAUGGACGUGGCUUUUACAGAGUGAGGCGCUUGGCCGCCGCAGGGAGUCCCCCAGCAGCCUCGGGCCCCGACUCGAGUGGAGGGGGGCCGAGCGGAGAUCUCGCUGUGCCCCUUGAAGGAGCCCUUGUUUGCCCUUGGGGGAGGGGUUGUGCCCCCUGUUGCGGGGGCUCUGUCUGCCGGGAGCCAGGGGGACGGAGGUGACCCUCAAGGGGAGGAUCGUGCCCCCUGCAGGGGACGCUGCCUCUCUCAGGGGCGGCUGCUGAUGGGGCAGGUUUAAAUCCCUCCCUUGCAGCCAAGCGCACAGACAGCGGGGAAGUUUGAUUCAGUCCGGGCGGCAGGGACGGAUCCUGCUCCUCUGCCGGACAAAGGGGCGGCGCAGGCGGGUGAGGAGCCCGGGCGGGUCGGUGGCUUCCUCUGCUGGGAUCAGGACACUGCUGGGGCAAUGAACGGGUUCGCCCCCGAAGAGGUGACCCAGAGAGGGGGGGAUGCUGUCGCCGCCACCGUCGUUGCUGCUGUUGUGGCCAAUGCAGCCGCCACCGUGGAGGUGCCGGCGCCGGGGUUAGGUCCUGGCGCUGCCGCAGGUGCCGCCGCCGCCGCCGGUUCCGCAGGGCCCCCCGGUGGUGCUGGCCCUGGGGCUGGGCAGCUGUGCUGCCUGCGAGAGGAAGGUGAGAGGUGCAGCCGAGCCGCCGGUAACGCCAGCUUCAGCAAGAGGAUCCAGAAGAGCAUCUCACAGAAGAAGGUGAAGAUCGAGCUGGACAAGAGCGCAAGACAUCUUUAUAUUUGUGACUUCCACAAAAACUUAAUUCAGAGUGUGCGAAACAGAAGAAAGAGAAAAGGCAGUGAUGAUGAUGGUGACUCACCAGUGCAAGACAUCGACACUCCAGAGGUUGACUUAUAUCAGUUACAAGUAAACACACUUCGAAGGUACAAAAGACACUUCAAGUUACAGACCAGACCAGGACUUAACAAAGCACAGCUUGUUGAAAUAAUUGGUUGCCAUUUCAGGACUAUUCCAGUGAAUGAAAAGGAUACCUUAACAUAUUUCAUCUACUCAGUGAAGAAUGACAAGAACAAACCAGAUCUAAAGAUGGACAGUGGUGUUCACUAGGAUGGAAAAAAUGGGACUAAUACUCAAGUUGCAGAUCUAAAGACUGUUUUUGACAUGCAGAAGCUUUCUUUGUAACUUUUUUUUCAGAGAACUUGUCUCUGAUUUUAUUUUUCAUGGUCUUGCUGACUCACUGAAAAACAACUUCCUCUAAAAUGAGAUUUCCUCAGCAAAAGUAUUUUAAAUAAAUAUUAUUAAUACUGUU